ACGAGGCACGCAGUCUCUCCUCCUCUGCACUAUAAACACACACACACGCAGACACAGACCCUUCACACACACUGCUACAGAGACGAGAGACGACACACUUGGACUUCUUUCACUGGAUAUUUUCUUCUAUACGGUUGAAAGGUCUGCUGAGGAAUCAUGGGACUGCUGAAAGUCUCUGUCAUCUUUCUUCUUUCAUUAAUCACAAUGACUUUAGCAGAACCGCCUGGAUGCAAGAUCCGCAUCACCAACAGAGGACUGGAGAUGCUGAAGGCCGAGACAAAGAAGUUCGUGGAAGAAGAGUUGAGUAACAUCACCAUGCCAGAGAUGCGUGGUAAAGAGGGCCGCUUCCAGUACACCAUCAAAGAUGUGAAGAUCACGGAGCUGAACCUGACGUCUGACCUGCGCUUCCAGCCUGAUGUGGGGCUGCUGUUCGAGGUGCAGAACUCCUCCAUCACCCUCAACUUCCAGAGACGCAUCCUGUACUGGCUCUUUUAUGAUGAAGGAGCCAUCAACGCCUCCGCUGAAGGUGUCAACAUCUUCACAGUCCUCCAUCUCAUCAAAGACAAGGACGGACGUCUCAAGAUCUCCAACGUCACCUGUGAUGCAUUCAUCACCAAGAUGAGGGCCAGAUUUAGCGGGACCCUCGGGAGGGUUUAUGAUUUUAUCGGAACGUUCCUGACUACAGGAAUGCGCUUCGUCUUAAAUAAACAGAUUUGUCCUGCCUUGAACCAUGCUGCACUAGUUCUGAUUAACCAGCUACUGGAAACAAUCCCAGUGCGCACGGAGGUGGACAGUUACGUGGGCAUCGAUUACUCACUGCUAAAUGACCCCGUGGUGACAGAAACUAGCCUUGAUAUGGAUUUUAGGGGCAUGUUUUACGACCUGAAGAAUGAGAACGAGACACUCGUGAACUACGCUGUCAAUCCGGUAGUGAGAGAGUAUGAUCGUAUGAUCUAUCUCUCUCUCUCCGAGUACUUCUUUGACAGCGGCCUCUUCUCUUACUUCAAAGGUGGACUGUUCCAAAUGCAGAUAGCAAAUGAACGAAUGCCCAAGGACUUAGAGAUGCUUCUCAGGACCACCUACUUGGGGACAAUCAUGAUGCUGAACCCGGCUCUCAUGGAGCAUCCUCUGUCGCUGGAGUUAGAGGUCACAUCUCCUCCUCGCUCCACUAUCAAGACCUCUGGUGCCAGUGUGGCCGUCAACUGUAACGUCAAAGUGUUGGUUCUUCCUCCAGGAAAACCAGCAGUCCAGCUCAGCAGCAUGACCAUGGAAGGCAAGUUCAACGCAAAAGUAUCGAUGAAGGGCAAGCGCUUGGCCAUCCAUUUAGAUCUGAGAAGGUUCAAAAUUUUCUCCAAUCAAUCUGCUCUCGAGUCUUUGGCUCUUAUUCCACUGCAAGGUCCGCUGAAAACGAUGCUGCAGAUAUCAGUGGUGCCUCUCAUUAACAAUUACAUUAAGCGAGGUGUGCAGAUCCCUCUACCGGACGGGAUAGACUUCAUCGAAGAGGUGGUCGAGUAUCACAAUGGCUACAUCAUCGUGGGGGCAAACCUACACUUCAGAACAGGUCUGAGAGAAAUAAUCGAGAGGAAGCUGUCGGGUGAAACAGACAACUCAAUUUAAGACCAGAGAAGAGCCGCGCUAACAUUACUGCAUGUGUAAAGCCAUGCACAGAUACUAAAAUAAGGAGCAAUAAAUGGAGAACUAACCUUCCAGCAGAAGCAUGAUGUUUGUUAACUGUACAGAACAUUUGAUCCUCAAGACCUGCUAUCGUUACGGUCAACAUCAACUCUAAAUUUGCCCUAUUUAGUCUGUGAAUACGCAUUCCUGGUGUAAUUGUGUGCAAUCUGCACUUUACUCUGAAGAAAAAAAAAGUGUAUUUAUAAUCUUUGAAUUUCAUCUGACAUGCUAUUUUUUCCCUAUUUAUAAUGAGUGCAAAUGACCAAACUUGUUGGCAAAGGCUGUUUUCACUAUUGCUUAGGUAUUUCACCUUUAGCACAAAUAGCAUGUUACUUCUAUUUACACUUUGUGCAAACAGCAUCUAUCACUAUUUGCUCUCAGUGUAAAUACAGUCUAACUUUUUACACAGUGUAAAUAGCUGUUGCAUAACGAUUACACCAGUAUAAGCAAAUAAGUAUAUAUUUACAAAAAGCAGCGUUACCGUUUGGAUACGUAGAGAUGCUCUUGAGGAGAGCAGAUCACAAACCAAUACAGAGUUACAUUCAGACAUGACUCUGUUCUACUGUUAAACACCCACCCAAUUAAUCAGUGCAUUAAUAUGAAGAACCAAACUACUUUAUUCACAUUUCAGAAGCAAAAUGGGUUGCAAAUGCAGGUUCAUGUUGACUUUACACAAGUGACUGAACCCCAAAAACACAUGUACAACUCUUAGAUGUAUAAAACAAAAUGUAUUUGUACUUUUAGUUGAAUUUUAUAAUUUUUUGUACAAGUUUUAUCGUAUAUUGAUCGUUUAAUGUGAUUGGUUUGCCAUCCUCAUAUGUGAAUGAAAUAGCUGUACCUCUUUAUUAAAAUUACUUGUUAAAAAUCAG